CGACCCAAAGGGAAAAGUUGGUGAGCCGCAAUCGUCCCCGAGGCGGCAAGAACGAUGGAAGCUUGCUUCACCACCUUCCCGAUCUUUCUCGACCUUCUCUCCCAGCACCACCCGCCUAACAACCACCACCACGCGUCUCUUUCUCGAUCAACCGAACGGCAUUCCCGUCUGUUGGUCUCCUGUCGCUGCCUUCGCCUCUUGAUAUCCUACACAUUCCUUCCAUCCACCCAUCACAAUGACCGGUCGUGGAGGCGGUGGAGCCGCUCGCAAGACCCUGCUUGCGCCGAUUCAUUUCAUCUUCAAGCUUCUUCAGCAACGGUCUACAGUCUCUAUCUGGCUUUACGAGCAGCUUGCUUUCCGCAUAGAGGGAAAGAUCAGGGGUUUUGACGAGUUCAUGAACCUUGUCAUUGACGAUGCAGUGGAGGUUCGCAUGGCUACAAAGUCCGAGGAAGAGAAGCGGAGACCUCUAGGCCAAAUACUGCUCAAGGGCGACAACGUGUCUCUUAUUCAGGCCGUGCAGUGAAUUUAACGGGGGCGUUUAAGGAUUUCGGAAGCCAGGAAAGGGAAAAUUAAUCAUUCAUCUCCGACUUCGUGCCGUGAUACGAUAUCGUUUGCAUUUUCUAAACACUUUUUUUACGGGUUCUCGCUGGAGUACAAUUAUCUGCACAUUAUUGUCGCAUUAGAUGAAAACAUGGACAUGAAAGGGCUCGCUUCUUUUCUGGAUAUCCUAUCAGCGUUGGCGCACGAGGCACCGGUCAUCGCCGACCAUGAGGACGUCUACUAGCCAGUCGUGAUCCGCAACUGGGAUCUUUUCGGUCGGAGCCAGCACUUGUUCUUUGAGAGCCAGCGCGA